AUGGAACUGAGAUUCGUGAGUAUUAUUGUUGCCUUAGAUGCAAAAAGCCAAUAUGACGCCCUAGCAAUUGCUGAUCAGCUUGACCCAUCACUAUGUCGUUUAAAAGUCGGUAAAGAACUAUUUACCCAUGAAGGCCCUCUGGUUGUGAAAGCACUACAUGAUAAGGGCUUUGAAGUAUUCCUCGAUUUAAAAUUUCAUGAUAUUCCGAACACAACUGCGCAGGCAGUUUGUGCUGCGGCCGAUUUGGGCGUAUGGAUGGUCAAUGUCCAUGCCUCAGGUGGGCGUAGAAUGAUGGAAACUUGUGUAGAACGCUUAAAAGCAGGUAACUAUAAAACUCAAUUGAUUGCGGUUACUGUACUUACUUCAAUGGAACGUGAAGACUUGCGUGAUAUUGGUUUAGACAUAGAGCCAUUUGAACAAGUGAAACGUCUGGCUAAAUUGACGCAACAGAGUGGUUUGGAUGGCGUGGUAUGCUCGGCUCAGGAAGCCAAAAUGUUACGUCAGGAUUUGGGUGCUGAAUUUGCUUUGGUAACACCAGGGAUUCGUCCAGCUGGUGCAAAUGCAGAUGAUCAAAAGCGUAUUGUAACGCCUAAGCAGGCCAUGCUUGACGGUUCUACUCAUUUAGUGAUUGGUCGUCCAAUUACUCAAUCUGAACAUCCAAUGCAGCCAGAACACUUACCGCAAUUGGCGCCAAUACCGACAGAACAAAACCACUGA